CGCCAUCUUGUGGUUUGCAGACAGAAUGGCAGCGCUGGGUUUGAUUGGGAAUGUCUGGCUGCCUUGAGUUGCUCGACUUCGGUACAUCGUGGAGAGAUGGCGAUGGCGUCGCUGUCAUCUCCUCUAAGAGUCUGUAGAGGAAUAUUGAAAGAGUUACGUAUCAUUCAAGGACCGGGUUUCAAACAGUCGCUUGCUUAUAACUACGUCAUAGAUCAGUUUCGCAAGAAUAAGGUUACAGGGGAAAGGUACUGCAGGGCCCAGCAGGAGGCGCACCACGCCUCGCUCACAUACCUGUGUUUGCUGACGUCCACCAGGAACCACCUGGCCCUCCAUAACCUCUACCAUGGCAAGGGAGAGCGCAGCCCAGAAGAAGUGGCGGGCCUGGUGGGGCUCAGGCUGCCCACGCAGCCAGGAGGGAAAGGCUGGGAGAAGUAGAGACAGAGGGAAAGUCAGUCGGCGGGAGAAAAUCAGGAAACUCCUGGAAUUAAAUGGACAGUGGAUGGAUGGGCUGCCUUCGUGUAAUAUAAACUCCGGAGUUCGCUGGUUAUGGCAUUGUGGACUGAGGGAGCUUGUUCUUCAUUCUCCUGAGCAAUCGUUUGAAACGAGGGGAAAAAAUGUGAACUGAUUAAAUAAAAAAUUUAAAAGUCAGCUAAAAUAUAAAACUUGUUCAAACCUUUGUAUUCAACAGCAGCACCUCAAAAACAUUGAAUAUCCCAUUAUGUGGUCUCAUUUAAAGUCAAUCCUAUAAACGUUAAUUAAUACUUGACUGUGUAAAUAAAACUUUAGUUCUUUUUAAGUUGUGUGUAAAUGUGUGCAUGAACAAACAAGCUAAAAUAAAUGACCAUCAAUAUUUAGCUAGUUGUCCAUUUUAUUUGGCUUUCAAUGCCAAUAUCUCAAUGUGAAAUUGAGUUUUAGGAUAUAACCUCAAACUCUUUUUUGGCAACAAAAAUAAAAAUAUGCAUAUUUCACUCA